UCACAUAAUCCGGUAGGUAAAUGCCAAAAAUUGACAAAAUUACAGAAAUGUAAAAUCGGAAAGAUAAAUUAAUCAAUCCAGACAAUAUUGUGUAUUGAUUAAGACACAAAAAUCUAACUUAAAGAUAGUUUUAAAACAGUGAGAUAGAUGAAUUAGGUCUAAACUUAUUAGUUCAAGUAAAAUCAGGCCUUUUUUCCGGUAUAUAUAUAGCAUUAGAUUCACUGGAGAAUCUAAUUUGAAAUGGAGUAUACUGUGCAGAAUUUGGAAUACGCCGUUUCUGUAUUCUAUAACGGAGAACAAACCGAAAGGGCCAACGCACAUGCGUGGCUCACAACGGCUCAGAGAGUUCCCGAAGCCUGGAAUUUUGUAUGGGAUCUUCUUCAGCCAACUAAAGGAACAGAGGUCCAAUUUUACGCAUCAACAACACUUCAUACAAAAAUCCUAAGAUGUUGGAAUGAGGUCCCACCUGAGAGCUAUGAAGAACUGGGAAAUAAAUUACUACAGGCUGUGUUUACAUAUUCAAAUGGACCAAAAAUUGUUACUAAUAGAUUAUGUAUAAGUCUGGCAGCAUUUAUUCUGCAACAGGGAACAGUGGACUUAGCAACUAUUUUGAGACCAUUAUCUAAUGUUGAGAAUACAAGUCUGCUUCUUGAAGUUCUUACUGUAAUACCCGAAGAAUUUAAUAGUAUGACUAUGGCGUUAGAAUUGCGUACGAAGAAUCGUAUCGCUCUACAACAAGCUUGUCCUGCUGUUUUGGACGAUAUGCUAAGAUAUCUGCAAACUGUUUAUAAUGAUUUUCAAGAGCAACCCUCAGCUGAUUUAAUACAAACGUGGACAACGGCAGCUAGUUGCGCCUGUAGCUGGCUCACGCUGGACGGCGAGGAUGCGGCUGAUAACGUCGUGCUCGCUGACCGCAUGCCUCUGUGUCGGGCACUGCUCACAGUCGUACACGUUUUGUACACGUGGAACGACGCUGUGAGCGACAGUUCGCUGGAGGCUUGCGAGGCCAGCCUGGCGGCGCUGCGGGAGGCGGGCGGCGCGCGGCACCGCCACACCGCGCUGCAACUCCUCGCCGACCUCGCCGCACUCACCGCGCCCAUCAUGCGCAAGGACGACGUGCCCAACUCCAUCAACGAGGAACUGUUAUUAGCGUUGAUAACGUGCUGCGUCGCGUUAGGCGAGACCCACGCCAAGGCUCUGGUGGAGGUGACGGAAACCAACGAUGCUUCGGAGAACGCGUGCGGCGCGCGACAACUCCUGGAUAUCCUGCUGGCGGCGCAGGCGGCACCUGGACACUAUCCCGUACACGAGACCAGGUCUAACCUUGUAUUUGGAUUCUGGUAUACGUUACAGGACGAAGUACUCCACAUUAUAGAUGACACGAAGGUGAUUCAUCCGGUCUGGAAGGAAGUUUUCUCGCGUCUCCUGCUGGCCCUGGUCACCAAGUCCGAAGCUGCUCCGGAAAAUAAUUUAUCUAAAGACGACCUUGAACUGCUCAGGUGUUAUCGGCAGGAUAUCGCUGAUACUGUGAUGUACUGUUUCGCUAUACUCGGCGACUGGUGCUGGAGCACUGUGGAGAGCGCGUUCAACUCGGCCGAGACGGAUUCACGUCGCGAAGCCGCCCUGCACAUAUUCCUGUCGUUGGCGGACGCCGCGCCCUACGAACGGGCCCCCGACGCCCUGUUCAACAUGCUGGAACAUGCCGUCAACAUCGCCAACACUUCGACCGACAAUAGGAUGUUAAACACCGCUUUGGACUGUCUCGGCGGGUACGCGUCGUGGCUGAGUUCGGUGUCGGGACAGGAGCGCUGUGCAGCCCUGGGGCUCUCCAGCGUGAUGGCCGCCGGCGCCGCCCUCCAGCGGUGCGUGGCCCCCGCCGCCCUCGCCCUGCGCAAGCUGUGCGCCGACUGCAGCGCGCCCGCGGCCGACCUCGCGCCCGACAUAGUGCACGCCGCGCGGAGCACAGGUGGCCGUAGCGACGGCUGGGUGCGGCGCCAGCUGUGCGGCGCUGCGGGCGCGGCGCUAGCGGCAGCGCCGCCUCUACUGGCUGCACCGCUGUUGGAAGAUCUCGCACGCACGCUCCGGGAUGACAUCGCUAUGCAAAGACGCGACGUGAACCUGACGUGCUGCGCGGCGGAGUGCGCGGCCGUGGUGAUGGCGGCGCUGGCCCCCAGCCCCGCGCUUGCCGCCCAACUGUUCCGCAUCAUCGCCCCCACCCUGCCGCCGCUCGCUCAACACGAAGCUCUCGUCGAAUAUUUAUUCACGAUACUAAAGCAGACGGUGUCAGCUCUAAUGGAAGAGUGCGUGCCGCUGGUCGCCGAAAUAGCGGAGCUGCUGAUGACUGGCUUCACUAACUUCAGUUGCGCUCCGGGACUGGACAUAGUGAAACUGAUGGUGUUGGUCGUGGGCGAGUGGUCGGGCUCGGCGGCGCUGGUGAGCAGCGUGGUGGCGACCAGCGUGCAAGAGCUGGCGCCGCAGCCCGCCGCCAGGCCAGACCUCUCCGACGGACUCUUCGCUAUGUUGAUGGCCCUCACUAAGAAGAAACCAGAAGUCCUCAACUGGAUCGAACAUUUGCUCCCUGAACUGGUCGACCUAGGCGGGAAUUCAAUCCGCGUGUGGGCGCCGGGCGCGGUGCGGUCGGUGUGCGGCUGGCUGUCGGCGCUCUGUGUCGCGCGCCCGCGGGCUGCGCAUGCGCGCGGAGCCGCCCUCACGCACGCCCUGCUGAUCUGUAUCGGCGGCGUGAUGCCUCGCAACCAAGUGAUGCCCGUCUCAGACCUGCUGCUGUCAAUGAACCGUGCGGAUUGGGGGGAGGAGGAAGAAAAGCUGGAGACGUGGCUGCGAACCUCACUGGCGCCCUCGGAUUUCCCCACGCCACACGCCACACACGCACACAAACAGAAAUUCAUAGCCGGCGUGCUCAGGGAACGAACCAGUAAGCGCAGGAUACUCGAAGUGGUGCAGGAGUUCUCGCUGGCGUGUCGAGGACUCAUCGGCACCGAGUACUCGCGGCAGGCGAUCGCCUCCAGAAGUCUAGUCUCUUAAUAACUAUUCAAAUUUAGAAAUUAAAAGAAAUUUCAAGGCUAUAAUCUGUGUACCGAAUGAACUAAUGAACGACUGAAAAUUGAAGACUGUACAAUGAAAUACAGUUUUAGAAUUGCGGUAUACAAUCUAACGAGUAAGUCUAGUGUAAUAUUAUUAUAUAAAACGAAAAAAAAUCUACUAGUAUUUUGCAUAAUCUAUACCAGCGGUAGGGGAAAUUUUUAAAUUAUUACCCCAAAAUAUUUUUGUGUAAGUUGAUCCAAAUCCCAUGGCGAAGAACAAAAAAAAAUGAAAUCGUUUCUUUUUAGCAUCUUUUCAUAUUAUGGCCCCCAUGAUAAUUUUGAAAAGAAAACAAUAACUAAAAAUUUAACGAUUCUAAAGAGGUUUCUCUUCAAUAUAUACUUUUUACUCCCAAAAGUUUAAUUUUUACCCCCCAAAAUUUCAUGUUACCCCAUUUGGGGUAAUUUACUUCGGUUCCCCGACCGUUGAUCUAUACCAAGGUAUACAAUAUAAUCUAUGAGGUAGUUCUUAAAGUAACUACAAAUUGAUGUUAUUUAUAACUGUACAUGAUGUUCUGUACACGGCGUGAAUUUUCUAAGGGUGCAAAUUCAAUCUUGAACUGCACGGAAUAUUGACAAAUGCUGAAAGCUGUCUUCUAAUCUAAGACAUAAGGUUGAAUGUUCUUUACUUCAACUUUUUUAAUUUAAUAUUUUAUAUGUAGGUAAUUAGGUAUAUUUUAUACAGAAGGGCGGUCACGACCCUCAUUAUACGUAUAUUACAGAUAUCGUGAUCAUAAAAUAAAUGAAAGUUACCCUAUAAGAAUUGUUUGCAAUGCUUGCAUUUUAAGAUCGAUUUUAAUAAGGAAACAACUGCAUAAUAAUAAGAUAUUUAUCCCUUAGAUUUUCUUAAUCUGGCAUCGGACCCACUGAUUAAAAUACUAAUUAAAACUACUUUUACACGGACUCGGAUGGCCGCGACUAUGCAAACUAUAGUGUUCAAAACGUCGGAUAUAAUAUAAUGACAAUAAAAAACUCGAAAUUAAAUCUUAAAAUUAGUUCCAAUUACGUUUAUAGCUUCCUACUUACUAGUCUGAGUUAAAUAAGACAUUAAUAUCACUGGACAUUUAAUAACAAUUGAAAUAAAUGCUUUAAGUAAUUUAAUUACAACAUUAUUGUUUUGAAGUAGUUUAACCACAACAAGAUUUGUUUCUUCAAGCGUUUUAAGAUUCGAUUGGUUGCUAUCACACCAAACUAUCCAUCUCUUUACUUUUGAGAUAUCUUUCUACUCUAGUUUCUUUCAUUUGAUCAUCACACCAAAUUUCUCAAGUAAAUUUUUGCUGCUUUUUUGCUCUCUGUACAAAUUUUUCAAGCAAUUUUUUACUGUUUUCUUUGCACUUUGUAGUUCAUUCCACUAAGACCUUCAUCGAAUUAAGAUACUUAAGAACUACUAUUGGUCCCCCAGUAAUCGAAAUUAGAUUAAUUAAUUAAAAUUAUAAGUUUGAAUAUUAUUAUGAUUCUAUUGUCAAAUCUACUAUAAUCUAGUAUAUCUAUAAUCACAGAUUUCGCCAAAAUAACACUAUAGACAAAUAAUAUUAAAGACUAAAAAUAUUAAUCUAUUCUCAAUUUGACCACAGAAUUUCAACAAUAACAAAAGUUUGACAAUAAAUAAAAGAGUAUAUAUGCGUGUGUGUGUAAAAUACAUGGUGGGGUGUGUAAUGUUUUUUUAUUUAUGUUAUUUAAUGUAUCUUUUAUGCAUAAUUAAAAAAAAGAUUAACAUUCUGCACUCAUUCUCUAUAAAUGUGGGAAAUUUCAUACUCCUCCGUCCGCGCAAUUUUCGUGAAAAGGGGUACAAAGUUUUGCUUCACGUACUAAUAUAUAGAUAACACCCUCGAAGGGACUAUGUUAUAGGCUAGGGCUGUCCUGACAACGGGCCGAGUCUCGUUUACAUGCGGCCCGCGACGCAUGCGUUAAUCAGAAUAUGGGUUUGUAUAUAAGUAUUUUGGAUAAUAGAAUUCUUUGUCAAAACACAUAAUCAAUAUUUGGUAUAAUUUAUCUUUAUUCUUGUAACAUUCCAUAGCCAUAACAUUAUUAAUUUAAAAGUCUACUAUAUUUUACUAUUAUUAGGGGAAUUCCCGAAAAGUAUUUUGUUUUUGAAAAUCAUUUUUUCUGCGGUCCUCCAGCUUUUGUGGUAAAUUUUAAUUAGCCCGCAAAUGUAUGUAGUUUGGACAGCCCUAUUAUAGCUCUUGAUUAUAAAUUUGGCAACUUGAUUAUAAAUUUGCCAACACUUCAUAUACUCUGGUGCUAUUAUAAUGUGCCCUUCGUACUGUUUAUGUGAGCUAAAGAAGAGAUCAACCCGCGUUCGAGCCUUUUUUUAUUUUAAUUUUAUUGCCCUUGUAGGCAGACGAGCACACGGCCCACCUGAUGGUGAGUGGUUACCGUCGCCCAUGGACUUCAGCAAUGCCAGGGGCAGAGCCAAGCCGUUGCCUACCGCUAAGAUGGGGCAGGCUGAGACGUGACAACUAGAUGCUGAACCAUGGUCGGCGGACUCUCUCGAUUGGCAGGUCUAGCUGCUGCUUUAAAUGAUAAUAAAAAAAGUGAUAUUAAACCGUUAAAGUAGUUUUAAUUGUCUACUGUCUCGAGCCAGUAUUCCACUGCUUCUUGUUGCGCGAGUCGACUUCGCUUCACACUCUGGCUUGUGAAUUUAACGACAGUCCCGUUGACUUUCGAGCUUCGAGUUGACGUACUGUCUGAAAUUCUUCAGACCGUUUACGACGUAGAAUAGUUUGACUAAAAUUUUGCUGUCUGCGUAAUAACUACCGUGUUUUAUUUAUGUACAUAUUUCAGGCCUGGUCACCCGCGCCCUCAUGAAAUAUAUCCUCUUUUCGCAUUAAAAGUGUAUCAUUUCCAAAAAUAUUCGAAAUUGAUUAAAUAUGCGGAAUCAUUUGGUAUCACCAGUAUAUUUCUCAUAAAUACUGUCAAAAGAGCCUAGUUUAAUUUUAGUUUUUUUUUUAUAUUACCUAUAUCUUGACUACUAUUAACGAAAUUAAUACACAAUUUUAUCUUACUUUAAAGACAGAUAAAGUAACUAGUAAAAAAUAAAAAUAAAAUGUUGCAAAGAUGAUUAAUAUUUAAAAUAUCACAUGUUAAACCUGUAGAACACUCCUGUAAAAUUAGUUACUUUUGAGAUUAUACAGUUUUAAUGCGAGAAGACGAUAUUAUAUUAUUCUGUAUCAUAACCACGUAUGUUCCCUUGAAAUUCCUUUUAAUCAACAAAUCUUCAGUCUUCCUGGAUCUUCGGUGUAACUAUUUAUAUAUCAUUAACAUACUCUCAAUGUUGUCGAUCAAUUGACAUUGUAUAAUAAAUACGAUAAUGAUCUCGUAGAUAUUUUGUAACUAUUUUUUUGUGAUAUUUCGCGCUAAUAUUUAAUGUAGGAUAAUAUGAAAGUGUUGUAUUAUUUUCUAAAAGAAUAUUAAGUUUAGAGUAGAUUACCUAUAUAAGUAAGUUAGAAUGCAGAUCUGACGGGCAUAGAAAACUAUUUAAUCAUAAAUUGGUGUUUAUUUUGAAAAAAUAUGAUCGAUUUUAUUAUUAUAUUACGUUAAUUUUAUUUUGUUAAAGUAUAGAAUUGUCAAGGUAACGUUUUACUCGAAUCCAGGUUAACGAUCAAAGAUCGUUAGUGCUAUUGUUUACCGUCAAUCUUUAAAAAUCUAUUUACGAUCACUAAUAAUUCGCUUUGAUUCGUCACUCACUUAGUGGAAGAAAUAUGAUUUUUUCAACUUUUGAGUUUUUCAGUCAUAAUAUCAUUAGCAACUACGAAACACCCGCUGCUGGGUAUAACCUUCCCGUAAGAUUAUUUCUUCGUUAUUUUUCAUGUAUGUAUGUGUAUGUAAGCUGCCUUCAUGUCUAAGAAGAUGAACUACUUAGUUAACCGGAGGUUGUGCAGCCAGAAAGUCAUGGGUGGUUAUCAAUAUUUAUUUAGUACGUACCUAUCUAUAACGCACAUGCAGACAAAUAAUAAAUAAAUUCAUGCACAAACACAAUGAAAUAAUACGCAAGUAUAAAGUAAUCAGAUAAGUACUUCGUUAAAAAAAUCACUUCUUCUCUGUUAAUUUUAUUAGUUUUUCUGAGAGCAUUCGUUGUACGAUAAAAUUGAACACACAGUGUUAGUCCUAUCUGCUUAGUGCCAGUUUUUUAACUUCUCGAUCACGUAAAAGUUAACUCAAAUUUAUUGAAGUUGUAACAGCGCCCCUAGCGGCAAACGUAGGCGCGUAAGUUACAAAACUAGUGCUAAGCAAAAUCAAGCGUAUUUAAAAAAAAAAGACUAAUCGACAAAUUAAAUUACAAAAUAAAAAAAGAGAAUUAGGUAUGUCACAAUGAAUUGAGCUACGAAUAGAUCAUACAGCCUUUUGGUUCGGCACAAUAUCUGACCUUGCGCUGAUCACGUCCUUGCAAUUUUGUACUAAAGAAAAAACCUGUUUUAUAACUUAAGGUAAUUUAAAAAAAAAAAUGUUUCUAAUUGGGUCAAUGAGUUUUUUGAUCGCGAUAAUCUAUUCUAUAUUCUUUACAUAAUUUAAUUCUAUCCACUUUAUAUAUAAUUGAAAUUCAUGAAUUAUUCUAUUUGAAAAAUAUUCAAUUUAUAAAAUCUUAUCAAUUAAUAUCAAAAUAUCGUAUACAGUAUUUCUUCAAUAGCCUUUAUUUUCUUAAAUUUUGUUAUCACAUUGUAACAACAAUGUAAUCAACUCUUCUUAUAAAAUGGACAAUACCAUAAUUUAUCUUCAAUGCAUUACUUUGUUGUGUGGCAAAAUUACGAUUUAGAGGAGUAUUUUUGCAAUAAUGUAAUAAAUUAAAUUAUUUAUAUGAAUUUAUAGUCGUAUGCAAGAGUUUGACGAAAAUAAAGCUUAGCUUGUACUUUAUUUAUUCUUGAGAUUUAAUAAUCUUACGUCAUUCGUCCAUGACCACGAAAAUUUAGUUUAAAACAAAAAACGAGGUUAAACCAUAAAAAUACGUUUUAAUUAAAUAUUAUUUCUGUUUUAAUUUUAAGAACGUAUUUAGAAAUAAAUUUAGUUUAGUAUAAAUAUGUAUUAAUAGGGAAUUUUCAUCGGCAUUUCCUUUCCGUCAGACCUGCAAUUUUCACACAUAAUUUAAGAUUUUUAUAUUUAAAUGUAUAAAAUGUAAAGGGAUCGCUCCGGAAAUCGGACCAAAAUGGCAAUAGACUAUUCUAUUGACAUGAAAACGAAAAACAAUACGAUUUUGCUAUGGCUAGUAUAAAUACUUUAUCGAUUUAGUAAUUGGCAAACCCGCAAUGAUCGGUUGUAAAACUUGACAUAUUUAACAUACGCGGAUUUUAUAGGGUUCAAGAACACUAAAAAAUUGGAUCAAGAAUCAUCUGUUUUGUAUUUUGAACUGCCUGACUUCGUUUUCGGAGAAGAUUCCAAUACAUAUAUUGAGUACGUGUAUCAGUACUCUCUCGGUACACAGCGCUGUCGUACGACACUCUCGACUCAGUGCGAGACGUAUAACUGCAGUAUUUACAUUUUAAUAUUUAGAAUUAUAUAAAAGGAAUGAAACCAAAACGGUCAAGUUUUAAUAAAAAUAUCACAAUCAUAUUGUAUAGAAACGUGUGAUAAUUAUAUCAUUUGUAAAUAAAUAACUAUAUUCGAUUUUAAGUAUUUAUAUUAGACAUUUUGAAAAUGAAAACAAUAAAAUUGAUUAAUUUGAAA